AGAAGAAAUGGCGUGAGACUCCCAGAAUGCCGCUGUUGAACUGAAGCAAACUCGAGCAAACCAAGCCGGUCGUUGUGUCAGAAACAUGGCGUCCUUCAGUAAAUAUGUGACAGCGAAGAACUCCUCCAUAGCAGGCGGUAUUUUGUUAGUCUUAUACUUGCUGAAGAACAGAAGACGGAGGUCCAAACAGGACGGUAGAAAAGGAGGGUCAGAUCUAGUGCAUAAUGCUGAGAAAGAUGGCAAGAAAGACCGUGCAUCAGUGGACAAGGUUUUCUUCCACCGAAUCCUGCAGAUUUUGCGCAUCAUGGUUCCUCGAUUUUUCUGCAUGGAGACUGGGUACCUUAUCUUUAUUGCCAGCAUGUUGGUGGCCAGGACCUACUGUGACGUGUGGAUGAUCCAGAACGGUACCAUGAUUGAAAGUGGUAUUAUAAGCAGAGACAUCUCUCUAUUCAAGAGGCACUUUUAUUCCUACAUAUCAGUCAUACCAGGGAUAGCCUUGGUGAACAACUUCCUGAAGUUGGGUCUAAACGAGCUGAAGCUGAGGUUCCGCGAGAGGCUCACGAAGAACUUGUACGACCAGUACCUGCAAGGUUUCACCUACUACAAAAUGGGAAACCUGGAUAACCGCAUAGCCAAUCCAGACCAGCUACUGACACAGGAUGUGGAGAAGUUCUGCAACAGUGUAGUGGACCUUUACUCCAACCUCAGCAAGCCUCUGUUGGAUAUUGGUCUGUACAUCUUCAAGCUGACAAGUGCCAUUGGUGCUCAGGGCCCAGGCAUCAUGAUGGCCUACCUGCUGAUCUCAGGUCUGUUCCUGACCAGACUAAGGAGGCCCAUAGGCAAGAUGACAGUCACCGAGCAGCGCUACGAGGGGGAGUACCGCUUUGUCAACUCUCGCCUCAUCACCAACAGUGAGGAGAUUGCCUUCUACAAUGGGAACAUGAGAGAAAAACAGACCAUUCAUGCCACAUUCAAAAAGCUGGUGGACCACUUGCAUAACUUCAUAUUCUUUCGCUUCUCCAUGGGAUUUGUGGACAGCAUAAUUGCCAAGUACGUGGCCACUGUGGUUGGCUACCUGGUGGUUAGCCGGCCAUUCCUAAACCAGUCGGACCCGCGACACCUGCACAGCUCACACUCUGAGCUGCUGGAGGACUAUUACCAGAGUGGGAGAAUGCUCCUGAGAAUGUCCCAGGCUCUGGGCAGGAUUGUACUGGCUGGCCGCGAGAUGACCCGCCUUGCAGGAUUCACAGCUCGUAUCACUGAACUCAUAAAAGUCCUGAAGGAGCUGAAUGCUGGAAAAUAUGAACGCACUAUGGUCUCCCAGCAGGAGAAGGAAUCAGACACUGCAGAGAAACUCGUACUAGUGCCUGGAAGUGGUCAAAUCAUCAAAAAAGAUAACAUCAUUAAAUUCGAGCAUACCCCACUAGCAACACCUAAUGGAGACAUCUUGAUCAGAGACCUCACAUUUGAGGUGAGGUCUGGCACCAACGUUCUUGUGUGUGGACCAAAUGGCUGUGGAAAGAGCUCUCUGUUCAGAGCGCUCGGAGAGCUGUGGCCUCUGUUUGGUGGACACCUAACAAAACCUGAGAGAGGGAAACUUUUCUACGUUCCACAGAGACCCUACAUGACUCUGGGUUCUCUGAGGGACCAGGUCAUUUACCCCGACACCUACGACGAACAGAGGAGGAAAGGCAUCUCUGAUCAGGUCUUAAAGGAAUACUUGGACAAUGUUCAACUGGGUCACAUCCUAGACAGGGAGGGCAGCUGGGACUCAGUCCAGGACUGGAUGGACGUGCUCAGUGGAGGAGAGAAGCAAAGGAUGGCUAUGGCCAGACUGUUCUAUCACAAGCCCCAGUUUGCCAUUCUGGACGAGUGCACCAGUGCAGUGAGUGUCGAUGUGGAGGAUUACAUCUACAGCCACUGCAAGACGGUGGGCAUCACCUUGUUCACAGUGUCCCACAGAAAAUCUCUGUGGAAGCACCACAAGUAUUAUCUCCACAUGGACGGGAGAGGAAACUACGAGUUCAAGCCCAUCACAGAGGAAACUGUGGAGUUUGGCUCAUAACUCACUGCUGGCGUUAGCCACAAAUGCACAGCUCCGAUAAAAACCAGUCCAUUCAUUCUUUGCACUCAAGACAGAAGUCAUAGCUAAAACUAGAAAAUAAUGUUUUUAAUCAUUUGUAACUCUCAACUUGUUUUCUUUGUUUCCUGUUAUUUAAAGCAGCACGCGUCUAAUCAUAAACCUGUUCAGUCUGAUUAUAAAAAACUUGGAAUUUAUAUUGCCAACUUCUAGGUUGGGUUUUACACUUUGGAGAGAGGUUGAGUGAAGGUGGAAGUAUACUGUACAGUUUUAAUAAUCUGCAAUCAUAGCUCAUUGACAGAGGUUAGCCUGUAGAGAAAAACUAGAUACCACAGUGGUCUUUGAGGCAUCAUUUCCCACAGUAAACUUUGUCCUGCACAGAAUAAUACUGAAGUAUCCAUGUAGUGGCUGCCUUGUAGGUUCUCAUUGAAGUUAAACUCUCCACAGCUUGCAGACGCUGACAGCAGCCAAGGCUGAUUGAUAUCUUAAAAUAACAAUAGUAAUACAGUAAAACGGUAAGCUUUGCCUUAUUUUGUGGAGUCUGUUACUAAAAGAAACUCUUAAGGUAUUAAGUUAAUAUCCAGUCCCUUCAAGAUUUCGCAGGCUUUUAUGGGAUUGUUGAAGCCUAAAAUGCCUGAUUUCACUGAAAAGGCAACAGAAUGGACACACACAGAUUUUCAUGCCAGCAGACAAGCUUGGCUCUAUCCUUUUGUGAUUUAUACAUUACUGCACUAAAGUUACCACUAACGUCUUUAUUUUCUGGGAGUUUUUUAUGGUAGAAAGGUGUUUUUCAAUUAAUGACUUAUGUUUGUGUCCCACAACAACAGUUUCACUCCCCUCUCAUGCAGAACAUCAGGGAAUUGCCUCGCAUGGUCUUUAGCCUUAAUAUGUGUUGCUAAAUAUGAGACGUUCUUGUUGCACGUUUGCAUCUUCACAGGUAGAAACAAGGAAGUGGGUUUGGUGACGUAUGGCAGUUUGCGCAGGGGACUGCUAGGAUUGGUGAUACUCAUGGGAAACUAAUGAUUGGUCAGAUUUGCAGAAAUUGCAAAGUAGCACAGCACCGAUGAUUACAACAUAAUUAUCUAAAUUAUAUCUAAAACAUGUAGGCCUACUUGCCUCUUCUUCUUCUGUGAUCACAGCUCCUCUGUAGUUACAGGACAAACAGUGCACACUGGAACAGAAUUCACUUUUUUAGAGCCAGCUGUUUGAUAUGAAGGUAAUGAAGUGCUUGCAAUGCAACGGUUGUCCUAAUCCAUAAUCAUCGUACCUACUUAUCACAGGAACACAUCAGUCACAGUCACAAGAGUGUUGUAAUAAUGAACUCCCCAGAAAGAGGUUUGUGUCCCAAGACAAAAACACGACUUAGCCUUGGAUCCUAUGUGUUACAACAGUGCAGGUGUAGGGACACUGACUGUUGCUAGGUAGACCUCUGCCACUACUGCCAGCACUCAGCUUCAGUAAUUCUGUAUUUUGAACAUUCCUGAUGUAACACAUUUUACAAUUGCCUAAAAUGUUUGUGUGAUUUGAAGUAGACAGUCCUGCAUCUGGCGUAGCUGCAACGGUGCUGUGGACUUGAGGCCAAGUCACACCAGCAUUGAAAUAGUUUUUGACAUUUUGAAAUAAAAACAGUUCAUUUCAAUAAUGUCGUCUGCGAUCAGGGGAUUCUCCCAGGGUGCAAAUUUCGCAUAGUUCAACUUAAUACAUUUUAAGAUACAUUUUGUGAAUUGGCACCAUUGGGAUGCACUGAUUAUAUAUUGGCCGAGCGUUGGUUCCUGGUAUAGUGGCCAAUAUUUAUCUGUUGUAUCGGAUCAAUUUUGCGGUGGUUAAAUUUUGUGUUGCAUAUUUCCAAAAUUUUGAUAUUUGCGUUUUUCCAGCAAUGGCGGAAAUUGCACACACACGUGGGUGUGCUUCAUGCAGCAGCACGGACAGUGAGCGACUGUUCAGCUCUGUCUCACAUCUUGGAUGAAUAGAUCUGAGCCGCAACAAGGCAGACAUGCUUAUCUUUGUUAUUUUUUUCUAUUUCCCUGGCACAAAACUGAGAAUGAAUAACUACAAAAACAUCGGUAUUCCCAAUCGCUGCAUCCCUACUGUUGUGGAAAUUUUGACUUUUGUGGGAACCAAAUGGCAGAGCCUACACAAAAGUAGGAAGCUAUCAUAAUACCCAUGUUGCCCCAUCUAGUCUUACAUAACCUUGUUCCAUAAUAAAGAUACAGCAGGGUCUGCAGUCAGUCAGAAGGCAGCAGGAGAUUCAAAACACCCCCCUAAAUGAAUUUUUUUUGUAACUUGUGAAUGAAUUUUUUAGUGCCUCUCUAUCAUCUGACCUGCCUUUAAGCAGUCAUGGACUGACUAAUGAUUGAACAUAAUUCAUAGUGAUGAAUCAAUAUAGCUAGAAAGCAUCAGUUUAGAGUUGCUGCUUUUUAAGUUAAGCUGUAGCUCAUGAAACAAACACGUUAAGGGAACCCAGUUGGCAUUUGGUACAACGUUAUGCUUGUUGUCCAUCCAUGUGUAAUAUUCCAAAGCUGCUCAGCGGCAUUCAACUUCUGUUCCUUUGGCCCUGUAAUUCAAUAAAUGAUUUCAACUCAAAACAUUUGUUGAAACAGAUUUACAUCGAACAUUUUAACACACUCAAUUCUGGAAGUUAAAAAAGAUUGUUGAUGAAGCAGCUUUUGCUAGUUAUUUUAAGUGACACUGACUUGGUUUUUUCGGUUACAGAAACAUUCCUGAUUAAGUACUUAUUACUAGGUAUUUUGUUUUCACUGUACAAAUAAAAAUUACAAAAUUUGGUCAGUGUCACUUAAAAUUACUAAAGCUAUUGAUUAAGAAUGUUUUUUUUUAACUUAGAAAAUUAAGUUAGUUUUAAUUUUUGAGUUAAGUCAACUUAUCUAGUUUUACAGUGGAUAAUGUUACCUGACAUUUGAAGAUGUUAUUUCCAUACUGAACAGCGAAGAAUUAUUAUUAUUAUUAUUAUUACUAGACAUUUUUCCUUUUAUUCUUACCUCAUUAUUAACCAUCUCUUUAAUGAAAUUCUGUUAAAAUUUGAUAUAGUUUGUUGGUGGCGGGAUUCAAAAUUGUUGAUAAUUAUGUAAAGUGAUUUUACGCAAGCUCCAUGAAGCAGAGGACUGGAUGUGCAAUGAUGGUGUCUGUCAGUCGAUCACUGGUACAUGAAUAUGCAGAUCCUUCCCCAGCCCCUCAAUACCUCUCUGCUCUGUCUCUCUAAUACACUGUAACUUUAUUGUGAAACUGUAAAGGAGCCUCAGCAAUACCCAUGGUUUUAUAUGUAUAAUAAUAAUGUUAUGAUCUCACUCAGCAUUAAAAAAAAUAAACUGUAGAAGAAAUAAA